UUUGGAGAUUGAUAAAAAUUGAUAGAUUUACAGAAAAUGGCACAAGUUGAGAAGAUUUCGUCUUCCAAGUGCUUUGAAGGUUAUGUUUGUCGCUACAGCCAUAUAUCCUUUACUCUCGGAAACUUGGAAGCAAAGUUUUCAGUCUACUGGCCACCAACAAACAAAGUUCCGGUUGAGAAACAACCUGUACUCUAUUGGUUGAGUGGUUUGACUUGCACAGACGAGAAUAUGAUGAUGAAAGCAGGUGCACAAAGAAUAUGCAGUGAACUAGGUUUGAUACUGGUUUGUCCAGAUACUUCUCCAAGAGGAGCAGGUCUGCCUGGUGAGGAUGAUGCGUAUGAUUUUGGUACUGGAGCAGGUUUCUAUGUGAAUGCAACCACUCCAGGCUAUGCUGAGUAUUAUAGAAUGUUUGAUUAUGUGACGAAGGAGUUACCACAAGUUAUGGAGAACAAUUUUAAGGUAGACAAUUCUAGAAAAAGUAUUUUUGGUCACUCCAUGGGUGGACACGGUGCUCUCAGUUGUGCUUUGAAGCGCCCCAGUGAAUAUCACUCUGUUUCUGCGUUUGCACCUAUAAGUAAUCCUGUGCAAUGUGACUGGGGGAAGAAAGCUUUUGGUGGUUACUUAGGUGAAGAGAAUAAAGAGUCCUGGAAGGAAUAUGAUGCUACAGAACUUGUCAAGCAAGGUCGUCGAUUCCCGGGAGAGAUUUUAAUUGAUCAAGGAACUGAAGAUAACUUUUUCAAGCAGAAACAAUUGUUACCAGAAAACUUUUCACAAGCUUGUAAAUCUACGGGACAACGAGUUGAGUUACGUUUUCGAGAAGGUUAUGAUCACAGCUAUUACUUUAUUGCUACUUUUAUAGAAGAUCAUAUUCGGUUUCAUGCCAAAGCUUUGUUGUCGUCGUAAUGAAGAAAUAAAGUGGUUGUCUGUUGAAUUGUUAUAUU